GGUGUCGAAAAAGCCACUUGGACAAGAACGGAAGAGGUCUAUGCUUCGUUGGUGUCCGAAAAGAAACAGUCGAUUCUUGUCAGAUCUAGAUUAAAAAUGAUGAGGAGUUGCCUGCUGUUCGUGGCUACCUCCCUUCUUUACGGGACUUGCACAGGUUUGCCUGUGGAAACGCCUACACCUAAGGUGAUAUUCUGGGUACGAAAGGUUGGUGACAUCAAAAUCCACGAGUCCGUGGUGAUCGACGAGAAAGAGAGGACGAUUCUGAUGAUCUCCUCUGAAGCUUACAAGAACAACCAGAACAACUCACUGGCUCUUCACGAUUAUCAAACGGGCAACGUGGCCUUGCGGGACUUCGAUGCCAACUUAUGUUUUGUGGGAAAAAUCCAGACGCCGGACUUCGAAGAUGUGAAGGUUAUUCUGGAAAACAGGGAGGGAAAGGAGCUCCCCCUUCAAGAUGUAAAAGACGCCCACGUAAACCCAAAAAUCCUGACGUCAUCAGAGCUGGGCCCGAGGUUGAGUCACUUUUGUGAAGGAGUACCAGCGCUUUGGUUCGAUAUCGAACAGAAGCGAAGGCUAAAGAGAAAUAAUUCUGGCGAGCGUUUGGCGUGCAUAGCGUGCACAGCGAACAUGCAGAUCCCCAAUAUUGUCGCCACAUGGAAGUGA